GGACCUUCUGUAACUUUUUACCGUUUAUUUAUUUAUAGUGUGUAUAUAUUUCCGCAUUCAAUACCAUCCCCGAAAUGAAACAGUGAAUCUACGCUCACGUUAGCUUUACUGUCUCCAAGAUCUAGCUUCCCAGUUUUCUUUCCUGCUCCUUUUUUCUGGGUAAACCCAACUAAAUCUCUUGAUUACUGACAUAAUCUCCUUCCCGAUUCCAUCAAGAAUCAUCCUUCAUUCUUCCCCCCACCUCCAAAUCCUCCGUUUUCCAUACUCACGUGUUGUUUCGACCCAGAGCUCCUUCAUAUUUGCCUCCCUUGUUUAUACUCCUCUCAAAUCAUUUUCUGUUUCCAUGCUGGGGUCCUUGCAAGAAUCUCUUUACUCUGCUCCUGACUUUCUCGGAAUUCUCACGGGAUUUGCAUUACAGAUUCUUCUCAUCUCCAACCCCCUGUGAUUGGAAGCCUUGUUUUCCUUCUGUCUGAGGUCUUGCGCUUUGUUGGCGGGUGUUCUGUUGAAUGAGACAAGCGGUUAAGAAGCUUGCACCCCAUUCAAUUCAAUUGCAAUACAUGGCUUUUUUCUGAUACGUUAUCAUACCACGAAGGUGUUCUUCCUCUGGUUCUAUAGCUUACUCUGUUCUGUUAUCGGGGAGCAUGGCAAAGCUUCCCAAUAUGUUGUCUUUGUGGAACUUGUUGGUGUUGUCGCUGGCUUUAAAUGUGAGUUUGAUACUGAGAAUGGUGUAUGAGAGCGAAGAAGGUUACAAAGGCUCUUCUUGCUUCAAGAAACAGAGAGAUGGGCAUGUCGUUCACGAGGCACGUUUCGCUUUAUCUUCCUCCUCCUUCUCCUCGUCUUCGUCUUCCAAUUUGGCUAAUUCCACUCGUGCCAAUCAUCCACAAGGCAGCGAAAGAGUAAUCAACCUCGACCACUCUUGCUGUGCCUGUCUCGUUUUAAUUUCAAUGGGAGGCAUGGUACACUACAGUCACUGCACAGUGCAUACAAAAUCCUGCGGAGAUCCGACAAUUUACGAGACAUUUUGGCGACAAAUGGGUGACAAGACCACGAUAACAAUCCCAGGAUGGCAAUCCAUGAGCUAUUUUUCCGAUGCCACCAACAUUUGUUGGUUUCUAGAGCCUGAGUUGGCGAAGGAGGUGGUGAGGCUGCACGAUGUGGUUGGCAAUGCUGUCACAGAAGGUCGCCAUAUUGUAGUUGGCACGGGUUCUUCUCAGCUCUUUCUGGCCGCUCUCUAUGCUCUCUCCCCUCCUGAUGCAGCUGAACCAAUCAGCGUUGUAUCCGCCGCACCAUAUUACUCGUCAUACCCAUCAAUGACUGAUUACCAGAAAUCAGGACUGUACAAAUGGGCUGGCGAUGCAGAUAGUUUUGACAAAGAAGGACCUUACAUUGAGCUUGUCACUUCCCCAAAUAACCCUGAUGGAUAUGUGAGGCGCUCUGUGGUGAACCGGAGCCAGGGAUUACUGGUUCAUGACCUGGCCUAUUAUUGGCCACAAUACACUCCUAUCUCUUCCCCUGCAGAUCAUGAGCUCACUCUUUUCACCGUCUCUAAAAGCACUGGCCAUGCAGGAAUGCGAAUAGGGUGGGCUCUUGUAAAAGAUCAAGAGGUGGCUAAGAAAAUGACUAAAUUUAUAGAGCUGAAUACAAUAGGUGUGUCAAAGGACUCGCAGCUGAGAGCUGCCAAGGUCCUGAGGGCAGUGUCAGAUGGCUGCGAGCAAGAAAGAAGCUCCCAAGGGGGAGAAUCCUUCUUCAAGUUCAGCUACAUCCUCAUGGCUCAGAGAUGGAAGCAGCUCAGAGCAGCUGUUGAACGCAGCGCAAUGUUCAGCUUGCCAAGCUUUUCUCCUUCAUUCUGCACCUUCUUCACUCAGGUCCUUGAACCUCAACCUGCUUUCGUGUGGUUGAAGUGUGAGGGGGAUAUAGAAGACUGUGAGAGCUUUCUUCGAGGGCACAAGAUCUUAACAAGAAGUGGGAGGCACUUUGGGGUUAGCCCCAAGUACGUGAGAAUUAGCAUGUUGGACACAGACGAAAAUUUCAUGCGGUUUUUAGACAGAUUGUCGACCAUACAGUCAUGAAUCAAACAAAGAAACGCAAGUGUUUGUAGCUAGGGAGCAGGAUUGGAUUAUUUAUGUGCAACCAGGAAACUCAGGAACACAAUUUUGUUGAUCCAUGGGGAAUGAACGUGGUGAUCUCUUUAAAAAUAUAUGUAACUACUGGCCUUGGGUUUCAACUUUUGCCACAGCAUAAUAAUUUAUUAGCCAUGGUGCUUCUCUGUGCGGUUUAUUGGCCAAAUCCAGUGUGUUUACAUUGGUAUUUGAAAGAAUGAAAGAGUCAGACAUUUUUGUGUAA